AUGAACGCCAAACGACUUCGCAAGAAGCGGUCGCUUCCUACCGGACCGAUGCCGUCCCAAGUGGCGUGGCUCGAGGGUAUUUCGAUGAACGUGACGCCUCUCGUCUCCAGGCCCCGAAAUUCCUGUCGGAUCGACUAUUUGCUCACGGUGACAUGUGAAGGCCGCGAGGCAACAGAACUGUCCACCUGGCACUUGGUGCGCAGCUUCGACGAGUUUCGGUUCUUCCGCAAACGUUUGACAGCGAAUUUGCAGCGUGGGCAUUUCUGCCACGCCGAGUGUCCGUGGCUGUUCACGUUUCUAAAAAGCUACUUCCCCAAGUCUCAACUGGUCGGAAAUUCGCUUACGAAAGUAGUGGAACGACGACGGAAAUCGUUGACGCGCAGCUUGGCGACGAUCCGCAGCUUCUUGCUGAACAGGUCGAAUCAUGUUUGUCCGUUGCUGAUGAAGGGCAUAGCGUUGGAGCUUCUGGAGCUUGUUGUGGGGAGCCACCAAGAAGCGGAUCACGAUCGACAUGGAGACGUUCCCGAGUGGCUCCGACAACUACUGCAAAGAUGGCAAGACGGAGAACUCGAUCCGGAAGAAUCUACGUGCUCGGAAGACACGCAGACCGAUGACUCCAGUCAGGAUAAGGACAUUUGCUCGCUGUGUGACCGUCCGUUGGUGGGUCAUCCUCGUACGGAAGAGAUUGAAGGCGAUCGGUGGUCUCAGAUCGCUGCAGUCGAGCCUUUCUCGUCGCUAACCUGCGGCCACAAUUUUCACGACGAAUGCUUGCUUGGCAAGUUUAAUGAAGCUCUUCAAUGCCCAACCUGUGGCCGCAAAGAGGAUUCAUAA